GAAUUAUGGAAAUGAAUGAAAACUGAGGAGAAAAUUCCCAAUCACGAGAGAAAAUUUAAGGUUCCGUUUAAAAGUGGAGACAAACGAGUGAUGAGUGAUGGUGAGGAAGUGAAUAGUGAGUGUCGGGUGUUGUGAGUGCCUCCGACGUCGUCAUGGUGGCCCUGGUCAGGCUGGCACCCCAGAGAGAGAGUAUAGAGAUGAACUAGCAGUUCCAUCAUUGACCCAAAGGUGGCAGGCAGCCCGGCCUAUACCACUAAAUAAGUUAUUCUGUAUUGGCACGGAAUUAUUAAGUGUUAACGUGAUGGAUGGCAGCGGAGGGUGCCUGUCGUCCUGUCACUACUCGCCUCGACGGAGAAGAAAAUCCUCCUCGCUCUAUACCUCCUACUCAUCAUCUUCUACCUCAUCAUCCUGGUGCCAUGGGGGCGCCGAGGGUCGUGAGACGGGGGACCCGCCGCCCACCUGGGUGUACAUGACAGUGUGGGUGGCCGGGGUCCUCGUCUACGUCAACGGUCUCACCGGGGACUUCGUGCAUGACGACGUCAGCGCCAUCAAAACAAACCCGGACGUGCUAGGAACUAACCCGCUGUCCCACGUGUUCUGCAACGACUACUGGGGCAAGCCUCUGGUCGACCCGCGCUCCCACAAGUCGUAUCGACCAUUCACCAUUCUCACUUUCAGGUAGGUUUAUCCCAGUCUCUUGUCUUCGGGACCGGUAAGUAGCGUA